GUAUACUAGUUCUAAUUAGUCGAUCAUUCUCCCUUUAUAUUUUUAUUUUUUUUUGACAUCGAGAAAAUUUGUAUUCUCUCCUAUUUAGCUUCAAUAUAUUAUGGACAAACUCGCACGUUAAUUUUCUCUCAAAAGUAACUCAUCUCAAUUCAUUUGCUCUCUUUCACUUACCAACUUUCUAACAGUGUAACACAUUUCAGUUUGAAUGGCCGAUAUCCUUCAAUAUUUAUUUCAAUUACAUAACAUAAUUAAGAAGAUUUUUUUUUUUUGAGGGGAAAUUAUUAAGAAGAUAAUUAAGCCAUUUAUAGAGCACCAACAUCUUCAAUCACACAUUUCUGUGGUUUUAUACUUUAAUUCUCACGCCUAAAGUUCCUGCUAAUUACCAAAGAUCAAACUAUGUUGUUGAUAGUUUCUUCAUUACAUCUGUUAUAUUUUUGGUGGUUGAACAGUUUUAAGAGAAUAAUACACAAACAUAUCUUUCUCUAUAAAAGCUAAUUUCACAAAGAUUGAGUCUCACAUAAUUGAUUGAAAUCAAAUAUAUCUAACUAGGAAUAUCAAUAAUGUUUAUGUUGAUGCACUUUUUGGGGUUCCAAGUUGCAAGCAUGACACAUCUGGCUGCCAUUUUUAUCUUCUCAACUAUCAUUGCUUUUUCAUGUGCCCAACCUAUAGAUCGCAUUGGAGUCAACUAUGGAAAGCUAGGCAGCAACUUACCUUCACCUUAUAAAUCCAUAGGGCUCAUCAAAUCAAUGAAUGCUAGCAUGGUUAAGCUCUAUGACGCGGACCCUGAGACCAUGAAAUUGCUAGCCGGAACGGACCUACACGUCUCGAUCAUGGUCCGCAACGAUGAGAUAGUCAAACUCGCGACCAACGACACUCUAGCGAACCAAUGGGUCCAUGAGAAUGUCUUUGCGUACUACCCUACAACUAUGAUUCGAUCCAUAAUGGUUGGUAAUGAAGUCUAUAGUAACCACAAUCUUGAACAAUGGGACAACCUAGUUCUAGCCAUGCAACACAUUAGGAACACGUUACAUACCCAUGAUAUACAUAACAUUAAAGUUGGUACACCCUUAGCCAUGGACAUUUUAGGUUCAACUUUUCCACCAUCCAAUGGAACCUUUCGUGUCGAUACGUUAACAACAAUAGUACCCUUAUUACAAUUUCUUAAUAGAACCGGCUCUUUCUUUUUUCUUGAUAUUUAUCCCUAUUUUCCUUGGUCUUCCAAUCCCAACACUAUAGAUUUAAAUUUCACCUUAUUUAGAGGAAAUUUAACGUAUGUUGAUCCAGGAAGUAACUUGACGUACACUAAUCUUCUUGACCAGAUGUUAGACUCUAUAUAUUUUGCUAUGUCAAAAGUAGGGUUUUCAAAUAUUCCGAUAUACAUAGCAGAGACUGGAUGGCCUAACGAAGGUGAUCUAGACCAACCUGGUGCAAAUGUGUAUAAUGCAGCUAUCUACAAUAGGAAUCUUGUACAAAAAGUUUUAGCAGACCCACCCUUAGGUACUCCGGCCCGGCCCGGUACAAUCAUACCCACAUUCUUGUUCUCUUUGUACAAUGAGGACCUCAAGGACGGCCCGAAAACCGAGCGACAUUGGGGCCUUUUGAAGCCCGAUGGCACACCCGUUUACCCAAUUGACUUGACAGGAGCCCAAACUAAUUUUGGGCCAUUACGUCAGCCCGAAAACAAUAUGGGCUACAAAGGCAAAGUUUGGUGUGUGGUGGAUAAGAUGGCCAACAUAACUGAACUUGGGCCUGCAUUAAGAAGGACAUGCAGUCGUUUGAAUGAGACUUGUGAAUUAUCUCUUGGGCCUGGAAAACACUGUUAUGAGCCCGUGUCUGUUGUUUGGCAUGCUAGUUAUGCUUUUAAUGCUUAUUGGGCCAAGUUCAGGGAUUCUGGCGAAAUUUGUUAUUUUGGUGGGCUGGCAUCUCUUACUACACGUAACCCAAGUCAUGGAAGUUGCCAUUUUCCAAGUGUUACUAUCUGA